GGAAUACUGGACCUUGACAGAGAGACAAAGACACACACACACACACACACACACACACACACACAGACAGACAUAGCCCCCCUCCACAUACACGCACUCACACACACAAACACUCUCUCACACACACACACACACACACACACAGAGAGAGAGGUUCAAUGAAACAGUGUUAUCAGCAGCAGAAGCAAAGGGGAGCGCAGACCCUGGGGAGGCUUUUUAAAAAAUCCAUUUCUAUGCUUCUUGGCUCAUAAACACUUGAUGACUUUAUAAACAUGCACCUACUGGGAAUAUCUCUUUUACUGGCUUAUCUACUUUACACCAACCUCGCCAGCGACUUCUCUCACAGCGAUCAGGAUGACUACAUGCAGGAGCAGGAGGACGAGCCGGACUUUCCACCGAAGCCAGACAUGGAGGAGAUGCUGCGUUCAGCCUCCAAUGUCGAUGAGCUGAUGAGUCUCAUCUACCCUUCAUACUGGGCGGCUCUGAAGUGCAGAUCCAAGCUCUCUGCUGCUGCUGCUGCCUCUUCCACCUCCAAACUCUCUCAGCGGCCGCAGCCUCGCCAACUGAGGCCACCGGCUGAUACAGAAGAGCCAACAUUUGCUGCUGUCUACCUCAACUUGGAUGUCUUGAAAAGUAUAGAAUCAGAGUGGAGGAAGACUCAAUGCAUGCCCAGGGAAGUGUGUAUCGACGUGGGCAGGGAGUUUGGAGCUCCCACCAACAUCUUCUAUAAACCACCCUGUGUGUCCGUCUACAGAUGUGGAGGAUGCUGCCACUCUGAGGACAAACAAUGCAGGAAUAUCUCCACUGGUCACCUCAGCAAAACUCUGUUUGAGAUCACGGUGCCAAUAACACAGGGCACAAGGCCAGUGACCAUCAGUGUGGCCAACCACACCCAGUGCCGCUGCCUGUCCAAACUGGAUGUCUACAAGCAAGUUCACAGCAUCAUCAGGAGAGCCCUGCCUGAGUGUCCAAUAGCCAAUAGGACAUGUCCUCCUGGUCAGGUUUGGAGCAGCAGGCUAUGUUGGUGUGUCAGUAUAGCUGCCAACAUGCACCACAACACCCCUCCACCACCACUACCCCCUCCAAGGUUUGCCGAACAGCACCGAGAUAUAUUUUCAGCAGAUGUGUGUGGCCCAGAUAAGGAGCUGGAUGUGGAAACCUGUCAGUGCAUAUGUCGGCGUGAGGAUCAAACUCAAGACUGUGGCCCUAACAGACAUCUUGACCGCAGUACCUGCCAGUGUGUCUGCAACGUCCUGCCUCCUCCCUCCUGCCCACUUAACCAGGUCUUUAACAAAGAGACUUGUCAGUGCACUUGUACCAAGACAUGUCCGAGGCACCAGCCCCUCAAUAAAACAAAGUGUUCCUGUGAAUGCAACGAGUCGCCCAAUAAGUGUUUCUUAAAAGGACGGAGGUUCCAUCAAGCUACAUGCAGUUGUCUCAGGCCUCCCUGUGAAGUUAGGAGGCGAAGGUGUGAACCAGGUUUCUCCUUCAGCGAGGAAGUGUGUCGCUGCAUACCUAACCACUGGAGACGACUGGACUAACCGCUGGCUACUAAAAUGCUAAUGAGAUUCUAAUUAGCGGAUAACAAACUUGAGUAGAAUUCAUCCCCAAUCGCCUGUAAACUUGUGGAUCAUGAGUAUCCCCAUCAACUGUGAAGGCAGCUAAGUGUGUGGACCAGAUGAACAUGGAAAAACCUUGAUAUGGGAAACUGGUGAUUUGAUGGUGGGGAAUACACUGACUUGGCUGUGAGGACAUUUUAAAAAGAGAGCGACAGAAGAAUUCCUGGAGUCCAGAAAUGGAAGGAAGGACUGAAAGAGGCUCAACACUCGACCCGUUUUAAAAUAUUGUCUUAAUAAUUUGCUUUAAAUAUCAUUAUUUUUUAAUUAUUAUUAUGUCUCUGUAUUCUUAUGUCAGAUAUGAGUUAUAUAAUUUAUUAAAUGUCAUUUUCCAGCCUCUUUUUCAGUUUAUUGAAGUUUCCAUCUUUUUCCAGAAAAGUACACUGUGAUCAGUAUUUUUGUAUAUUAUAAAGAAAAUGUGUAAAAUAAAAUAUACUGGCUGUUGACUAUU